AUGCAGAUUCUGCCGCCUAGGACGUUGUUUGUGUUACUAGCCCACGCACACCUACUACUAUCUCUCAGAAACAAUGGAGAAGUCCGAGCUAAAGGUUACAGCAACGCAAGCGUGUACUCUGCCAGGACUUUCCACGGGUCCCCACGGGAGAGUCACCAAAACAAAGCCUGGGACCGGGCGCUCUCGUCCGGGUACGCCACAGGUGCGGAACCGCAGGCGCAGCGGGCGGCUCUGCGAGGGCCCCUGAACUCCACUCACCGUCCCUGGAAGAGGGUGGUUGCAGGAGAAACCAGGCGAAUUGGACACAGCAAACGGGACUACAGUAGGACGGUGACACCCGUGGAGGGGUCCCCACAUUGGGAGCCGACGCGCCACCACAAUAAGAGGAUAAAGUUGAAUGGCGGUCUUAGUAGUACGGGGACGCCAGCAGGUGGACACUACAAUGCGCUUAAGCCUCCUUCAAUGGGCCGAGGAGGAGGAGGGGGUCCCGAGGAGGGCGACCGACACAAGAGAGGCACAAAAGACGAGCAGAAGAAAGCCUCCAAGAGGGGGAGAAACCGGCUGAACAAAAGCUCGGGGGUUUUGGCUCAGCCUCAGCCUCACGCCUCGUCGUGGGAACCCCUCCCCAAGCCGGUGGCCCUCACCUCCACCGACCUGCCCUUUGACCUUUUCACCAGGAGGUCCGAGUUCUUCACUUUCAGGGAGGAGAACCCCUGGGACGCCACGCCGAUCACCCCUCCCAGCUCGCAGGAUUUCGGGGACGAGAUCAAGAACCCCUUUUACCCGGUGACAAGCGAGACCUACGGCGCUUACGCGAUCACUUGCGUCUCAGGGGUCAUUUUUCUGGUGGGCAUAGCCGGCAACAUUGCCAUCCUGUGCAUCGUGUGCCAGAACUAUUACAUGAAGAGCAUCUCCAACUCGCUGCUGGCCAACUUGGCUGUCUGGGAUUUUGUGCUCAUCUUAUUCUGCCUGCCCAUGGUGGUCUUUCAUGAGCUGACAAAGUCCUGGCUGCUGGGGGAAUUCACCUGCAAAGUGGUGCCCUAUGUGGAGGUGGCCUCCCUUGGCGUUACCACCUUCACUCUGUGCGCUCUGUGCAUCGACCGCUUCCGUGCGGCCACCAAUGUCCAGAUGUACUACGAGAUGAUCGAGAACUGCACCUCCACUACCGCCAAGCUAGCCGUCAUCUGGAUCGGUGCUCUCCUAUUGGCCCUCCCCGAGCUCCUCAUCAGACAGCUGGUGGUGGAGGACACAGGGAUCCCAGACGAGCCUCCUGUUGAACGCUGUAUUAUCAGGAUAUCCACCUCACUUCCUGACAUGCUCUACGUGCUGGGCUUGACCUACGAGGGCGCCCGGCUGUGGUGGUGCUUCGGCUGCUACUUUUGCCUCCCAACCCUCUUCACCAUUGGGUGCUCUUUGGUGACGGCACGCAAGAUCCGGCGCGCAGAGCAAGCCAGCGUGCGCAGCAACAAGAAGCAGAUCCGUCUGGAGAGCCAGAUGAACUGCACCGUUGUGGCGCUGGCGAUCGUCUACGGAGCGUGCGUGGUGCCAGAGAACAUCUGCAACAUCGUUUCGGCGUACAUGGCGGCAGGUGUUCCAGAGCACACCAUGUCUGUCCUCCAUCUUCUCUCCCAGCUACUGCUCUUCUGUCGGGCCGCCGUGACGCCGGCGCUGCUGCUGCUCCUGUGCCGCCCGCUGGGCAGGGCCUUCCUGGACUGCUGCUGCUGCUGCUGCUGUAACCACGCGCCCUCCUCGGCCACCGGCAGCGACGAUAACGAACACGAGUGUACCACCGAGCUGGAGCUGUCGCCGUUCAGCACCAUCCGCAGGGAGCUCAGCAACUACACUCCUGCUGGCUCCAACUGCUAA